AUGGGCGCCAGCAUCAGCCAGGACGCCCGCAGGCACCUGAGGUGGCUCGUGAGAAUCGCGCGAGAAGAGCGCCUGGUCAACAGCCUCGAGCUCAAGCGCGGCCGCAUCGCACCCCGGAGGCAGGAGAGGGUCCAGAAGAGCGGCCGCUUCUCCCUCGAGCUGGAGGCGAACCUGGCCGACGACUCCGGGGCCGAGCAGAACGCCGACGGGGCCGUGGAAGACACGCUGAGCUUCCUGGAGGUGAAGUUUCCAGAGCGCCAGGGCGCCUCCACACGGGACACGGGCAGCCUCAAGCGGAACCUCGGCUCCCAGAUGGCGGUGCGCCACGCGGAGAUUCACACCAAGUCCAGCCAUGACAUGGACUUGGACAAGGCCCGCAGCCUCCUGACCGCGCCCAAGCUCUCGUUCGACUGGGAGGACAGGACCUUCGAGGACGAGGCCGAGGGCGGGCUGGACGUCGUCGCAGACAUCACGGCCACCAAGGGCGACUCCAAGCGCGACCUCUUCAGGGACGUCAUGCGCCGCUCUGUAUCCUUCCGCCAGGCCAAGACGCUCUCGAAGGGCACGCCCAUGCGCUCGACCAGCUCCCAGAGCCUCAACGCCGCAGCCGAAGCCUCCGCCGACGAGGCGGGAGCCACCGCCACGCAGCCGAGGGCGCCCGCACCAGCCGCACCGACCACGGCGCCCGCUGAGGCCGGCGAGCCUCUGGAGGAGCCCGUGGCUGGCGCCGGAGGCGCCGCGCCGGCGCACGAGGCCGAGCCGGUGGCGGCGGAGGCCGCGCCCCGCGCCGCGGAGGCCGCGCAGGCGCCCGGGGAGGUCGCCGCCGGCGCCGGCGAGGCCGCGCCGGCCGCGCCGGCGCCGCAGGAGGCCGCGCCCAGCGCCGCGCCUGGCGCCGCGCCAGCCGCUCCGGCGCCCGAGGAGGUCGUGCCCAGCGCCGGGGAGGCCGCGCCGCGGGGGGAGGCGCUGCCGCAGCCGGCGGUGGGCGGGCCCGGCGGGGCAGCGGGGGCAGAGCCGCAGGAGGCGGAGGCGGCGCCCCGCGCGGCCGCCCGCCCGCUGCCCGCUGCGGGCUCCGACGGAGAUCACCCUCGCAGCAAGUGGACGGAGGUCGCCCCUGCCGUGCCGGUGGUGCCGCGGGAGCUGCCGGCCGCCGCCGGGAUGGACUUCGAGAUCAGCCCCACGGCCCCUUUCUCGCCCGUGGGCGUCGCCGCUGUGGCCCCGCCGCCCUUCGAGAUUUCUCCCACCGCGCCCCUCGUCCCGCAAGAGGCCCCCGCCGCGGGCGGCGGCGACCGCCUCGAGAUCAGCCCGACCGUGCCCUUCGUGCCCCAGGGCCUUCCGGGCGCGGGCGGCGCCGACCAGCUGGAGAUAUCCCCGACCGCGCCCUUCGUGCCCCAGGGCCUUCCGGGCGCGGGCGGCGCCGACCUGUUCGAGAUAUCCCCGACCGCGCCCUUCGUGCCGCAGGAAGCCCUUGCGACCGCCAUCCCCGCAGCAAAGCUCGCGGGGGAGACCCAGCUGCCCACGGCUGCCGACGGCCCGGCCGCCGGCGCCCGCGGCCUCGGCCGGGCCGGGCGCGGCCUGAAGCGCAGGGCCUCGGCCGAGUCGGCGGGCAGCGAGGGCGCGGCCUCCUCGCCGGGCGCCGGGGGCGCGGCGCCCGCGGGCCCGGAGGAGGGCGAGCCCGAGGGGGGCCCAGAGUCCGAGCUCGACAGGCAGCGGCGCCAGAAGGAGCGCGAGUGGCUGCGCCACAAGCUGAAGAAGCAGCGCGAGGAGGAGCGCCUCGCGAAGCGCCGGCGGGCCGAGGCGGACAGGAAGCGGCGCGCCGAGGAGGGCGGGCUCGCCGCGUCGAUGAGCCCGGAGGAGCGCGAGACGUUCUUGGCCCUGCACGCCGGCGCGCCCUCAGCGGGGCUGGCCGGCGCGCCCGCGGUCCAGAAGCGGCAGGCGGCCUCUGGCAGAGGCGGCGCGCUCGCCGGGCGGGCGGCCGAGCCGCUCGCGGAGGACGACGCGGGCGCCGUGCUGCUCGGCGGGGCGCGCCCCGCCCAGCGACCGCGGGGCUUCUUCCUCGCGGGCGCCGCGCCCCUGGCGGCCCGCUAG